CCUACACCUCCUCGUCACUAAUUUAAAAUAAUAUCUACAGGGAGGAGAAGGAGACCUGCCGGCGCUGAUAAGAGAGGAAAAAUUGGUCCUCCUCUUCUACGCAACCAAUCCUUCUCUCUCACUCGCUAGGAAGCGGAAAGGGGAGCAAAGUUACAGAUGGGUUUGGGAUCGUUGGAGAUGGUUGGGGCAGUGGUGGGUGUGCUAUUCUUGUUGGUAUGGGCUGUGAGGGCCUUGGAGUGGGUGUGGUGGAGGCCGAGAAGGCUAGAAGGUUUGCUCCGGGCCCAGGGGCUAAGCGGCACCCGCUACCGAUUCCUCUAUGGCGACCUCAAGGACAACGUCCGGCUCCAGAAGGCGGCUCGGUCCAAGCCCAUGCCUCUCUCCCACUGCAUCGGCCCCCGCGUCCUACCUUUUUUCCACCAAGCCAUAGAGGAUCACGGUAAAAUAUCAUUCACUUGGUUUGGGCCUUAUCCUAGAGUGAUCCUUAAGGAUCCUGAACUGGUAAGGGAAGUUCUGUCCAACAAGUUUGGUCACUUUGAGAAGCCAAACAUAAAUCCCCUGGGGAAGUUACUGGCCAGAGGAGUUGCAGAUUAUGAAGGCGAAAAAUGGGCCAAACACAGGAGAAUUAUUAACCCUGCUUUUCAUCUGGAGAAAUUGAAGCACAUGUUACCAACUCUUGCUACCUGUUGUGAUGAACUGAUCAACAGAUGGGAUAACCAUCUUGGUUCCCAAGGAUAUUGUGAAUUGGAUGUUUGGCCUGCAUUCCAAAAUUUUACCGGCGAUGUCAUUUCCCGUGCAGCUUUUGGUAGCAGCUUCAAAGAAGGACAACGGAUAUUUCAACUCCAACAAGAGCAAACGGAGCUUGUUGUUCAAGCUGCACAAAAAAUAUACAUCCCGGGCUACAGGUUUCUGCCCACCAAGAAGAACAACCGUAUGUAUGAAAUUGAUAGAGAGAUUCGGGCCCUUUUGAGUAGAAUGAUUGAGCAGAGAGAGAGGGCAAUGAGAAAGGCAGGGGUUAGCAAUGAUGACCUGCUAGGGUUGCUGAUAGAAUCAAAUCUUAGGUACUCCCAAGAACAAGGAGGCUCCAAGAAUACUGGGAUGACCAAGGAUGAUGUGAUCGAGGAAUGCAAGUUGUUCUAUUUUGCUGGGCAUGAGACAACGUCGGUUUUGCUGACCUGGACGGUGGUUGUCCUAGGCAUGCAUCCUAGCUGGCAGGCACGUGCAAGAGAAGAGGUUCUACAGGUCUAUGGAAAAAAUAAGCCGGACUAUGAUGGCUUGAGUCAACUAAGGAUCGUGACUAUGGUUUUGUACGAAGUUCUUAGAUUAUAUCCGGCAAUAACUUUCCUCGUACGAAGAACUUACAAGGAAAUGAAACUGGGAGAUUUCACCUUCCCACCAGGAGUGCAACUCUUGCUACCACUACUCUUCAUACAUCAUGAUCCACAAUUUUGGGGUGAUGAUGCCACUGAAUUCAAUCCAGAGCGGUUUGCCUCUGGAGUUUCAAAGGCAUCAAAGAUCCAAGGGACCUUCUUUCCAUUUGGUGGGGGUCCUCGAAUCUGCAUUGGGCAGAAUUUUGCCAUGAUGGAAGCUAAGAUGGCUUUGGCCAGAAUUCUUCAGCAUUUUUCAUUGGAGCCUUCAUCAUCAUAUGCCCAUGCUCCGUACACUGUAAUAACUCUUCAUCCCCAAUAUGGUGCUCAAAUCAUGUUACACAGGCUCUAAGAUCAUCUUAGAUACUAGAGGGACUUAUUAAUAUCAUCAUGGUUAUUGUUGCAAUCAAAGGUACCCUCAUGGGAUGUAUAAUCCACUCAAUACUGUUUGUUUUCGGUGAGAUCCGUUUCUAGUAUUGAUACUUGUUCUGAUCAGUAUUCCUAGUAUUACAAUCCUUUCAUGGGUUGUAUUGUCCAUAAUAUUGUUAAACUGCAUUUUAGC